CAAUAGUACAGGAGAGUGUUCAGUGUGUCUGGAUGUUAACGUGGCCUUUCUCAACUGCGGCAUAAAGCUACACGGGCAUCAAUAUAGUGGACCCUUGUAAUGCAGAGCCUCCGCCGCCCAGUCCAGCCAUGUACCAGCUGGAUAUUGUCUUAAAGAAAGGCAACAACCUGGCCAUCAGAGAUCGCACAGGUACGAGUGAUCCAUAUGUCAAGUUCAAAAUUGCGGGGAAGGAGGUGUUCAGGAGUAAAACCAUCCACAAGAACCUCAAUCCAGUGUGGGAUGAAAGAGCAACUCUCCUGGUGGAAAGCCUGAGGGACCCGCUGUAUGUCAAGGUUUUUGACUACGACUUUGGACUUCAGGAUGACUUUAUGGGCUCAGCGUACCUCUACUUGGAGUCUCUGGAGCAUCAGAGGACACUGGAAGUUGUCCUGGACCUCAAGGACCCACAUUAUCCAGACCAUAAUCUCGGCAGCCUGGAACUUUCGGUCACGUUAUCACCGCGAGAGGGAGACAUGAGAGAUGCAACCAUGCUUUUGAGAAGGAACUGGAAACGAUCUAGUAAGUGCCAGAGUAUGCGCCUGUCAGAUGUACACCGAAAAGCUCAGCUGUGGCGGGGCAUCGUCAGCAUCAGUCUUAUCGAAGGUCGCGGCCUCCAGCCCAUGGAUGACAACGGCCGAAGUGACCCUUAUGUUAAAUUUCGGAUGGGACACCAAAAGUAUAAGAGCAAGACCAUUCCCAAAACGCUGAAUCCUCAAUGGAGAGAACAGUUUGACUUCCACAUGUAUGAGGAGCAAGGAGGCUACGUGGACAUUACGGUCUGGGACAAAGACGCCGGCAAGAAAGAUGACUUCAUGGGAAGGUGCACGAUCGACCUGUCCCUCCUCAGUAAAGAACACACACACAAAUUGGAGUUGCCACUCGAGGAAGGCGAAGGCGUGCUGGUGAUGCUGGUGACGCUCACGGCCUCUGCCGCCGUCUCCAUCUCAGACCUGUCAGUCAACGUGCUGGACGACCCGCAGGAGCGACACCAGAUCAAGCAGAGAUAUAGCUUGUGGAGGUCACUGCACAACCUGAAAGACGUCGGGGUGGUGCAGGUAAAAGUCAUCCGCGCUGAAGGACUGAUGGCGGCCGACGUCACAGGUAAGAGUGACCCAUUCUGCAUAGUGGAGCUAAGUAACGAUCGGCUGCAGACUCACACCGUUUACAAAAACCUGAACCCAGAGUGGAACAAGGUCUUCACUUUUAACGUGAAGGACAUCCACUCAGUACUCGAGGUCACCGUUUACGACGAGGACCGAGACAGAAGCGCAGACUUCCUGGGGAAAGUGGCCAUUCCUUUACUAAAGAUCCAAAAUGGAGAACGCAAAGCCUACGCCUUGAAAAGUAAGGAGCUGACAGGGCCAACGAAAGGGGUCAUCUUCCUUGAAAUAGACGUGAUUUUUAAUGCUGUGAAGGCGGGUCUCAGGACAUUGAUCCCCAUUGAGCAGAAGUACAUAGAGGAGGAGCCCAGAGUGUCCAAACAGCUGCUGUUGCGCAACUUCAACAGAGUGAGGCGCUGCAUCAUGUUCCUCAUCAACACCGGCUAUUACAUCAACAGCUGCUUCGAAUGGGAAUCUCCGCAGAGGAGCAUCUGCGCGUUUGUGCUCUUUGUCGUCCUCGUGUGGAACUUUGAACUCUAUAUGAUUCCGCUGGCUUUGUUGCUGCCCUUGGCCUGGAACUACAUUCUCAUCACGUCGGGCAAGGAUACGAGACAAGAUGUGCAAGCAAUGGAGGAUCUGAUGGAGGACGAGGAUGAGGAUUUUGACAAAGAUGACAGGGAAACUAAACCAGAGGCCGCGGACGACAGCCGUGAUAAAAACCAUAUCCUUGAGGAUAUGUUGGCUUCCUGGCGCUUUGAGUGGAUGCUAGCAAUGGUGGACUCUGAGAGGAAGGGCUUCAUGAACAAGCUUUAUGCCAUUCAGGACGUGUGUAUCAGUGUGCAGAAUGCGCUGGAUGAAGUGGCCUCCUAUGGCGAGAGGAUAAAGAACACUUUUAAUUGGACUGUGCCUUUCCUAAGCUGGCUGGCCAUCGUCGCUCUUGGAAUGGCCACCGUUAUUGUUUACGUCAUCCCGCUACGAUACAUUGUGCUAGCCUGGGGAGUGAAUAAAUUCACCAAGAAGCUGCGAGACCCUUACGCCAUCGAUAACAACGAGAUCUUUGAUUUUUUGUCCAGAGUGCCCUCCGAUGUCCAAGUGGUGCAGUAUCGAGAGCUGAAACUAGAUCCCAAUCCUAGUCCAAAUAAAAGGAAGAAAAACAACCCCGGGUAAAAGUCUUCUCCUGUCCACU